AAUUUAUUUUAAAAUAUCCAUGUUUAUAGUAAGAUUCUAUUGUAUACUCUAUUUUCUCGUCCAUAGUUUGAAAAUUUACUUUGGCGAAUGGGAGCCUGCUCGAGAGCGAAUUAGAGAAGACGAUUUUUGGCCAUAUGACGCGACCCUGGCAAUUGGCCAGCCCAAAAUAUACGCCGCUCAAUCCUGGUAUCAGGAAUACCAUUGGUGUGAAGAAUCACAAAAAUAUUUUGUACGCGGGUUCUGGGCACCGCAAGGUUUCCGCAGUGCGAUUUGGGUGCAUGAUAGCUUGCCACGCUUAAAGAUUGUCUUCGGUGGGCUAGGCCAGGGAAAAGCACCUCAAACGUGUUUCUUCAAGGACCUGCCGCUCAUUCCCCAGGAGGUGGGAUGCCAACCGGCUCUUAGCGCGAUGAAAUUAUCAUUCCUCCAAUGCCAUGACUGGCAGGGGACAUCCCCUAGAACUAGGGGAUGGUGGAAACUGAGACUGAAUGUGGACCAUAAAUUUAUGUUCGUUCCCAUGGCUCGAGAACACAAGGAGCACGAGGGCAAUGGAGAGGUGGAAGUGCUUCCACCAAUAGAACUGGGUAUAAAUGAGGACAACCCUGAGAAUUAGACAGCAGCCGGCUGCAGUCCUUAUUAUUACUCUUUUUUUUUACAUAUAUGUAAGAACAUAUACAUAUACUUAUAUUAAGGUAUUUCUCGCAAUAGCAUAGACUUGGCAACACUGUAAGCUGUAAAGUUUUAACCUCAAACCUCGUUGAUUAACAAAAGUAAAAUGAAUAAUUUUCGUAAC